AUGUUAGCCUAGUCAACUUGCGCGAAUGAUGCCAGCUGAUGCAGGCGGUCCUAAAGCCAGCCAUUUUGUGUCGCUCCGAAAUAAAUUAGCAUGGAAGCUAACAGUUGACUAUACGCAAUUUAUCCUCAGGAUUUAUUGACGCCGUGACAUCCAUACAUCGUCACUGACACGUGCGGCUUGUUAUCUUUUUACGCACUCAAAAAUAUUUAAUUCCCGCCGACUUCCCCUGCCGUCUAAUCGAUGUAAGGAUGGCUUCUCCACAGCCCGCCAACCGGCCCCUUGCAGAGCAGGACACUCCUCCAGGGCAAGAGGAGGAGAGUCAACAAAAGGAGGACGUGGCCAAGAAUCCGCCUGUGAAAAAGCGAGGCAGGGGCCGUCCCCCGAAAUCCAAACUGUCAUUCAAGUGCCCGUCUUGCUCCAAGGCCUUUCGGAGUGUGUCCGCGCUGCGCGGCCACAAGCUCUCGGCACACGUGACGGAGCACACGUGUGCUCAGUGUGCUAAAACGUUCCCCAGCAAGGCGCAAUUAUCCAAACACGAGAGCACCCACUCGGCCCCGCGGCCCUUCCAGUGCCCCGACUGUCACAAGGCGUACAAGACGCCCACUGAACUGCGCAACCACAGCCGCUCUCACACCGGAGAGAAACCCUUUGUCUGCACCGAGUGCGGCAAGGCCUUCAUGCAGGCGAUCUGCCUGAGGAUCCACAUGACGCAGCACAGCGGCGAGCGCCCUUACUCUUGUCGCCAAUGCUCUAAGAGCUACCCCACCUUGUCCAAGCUCAAGGUGCACAUGCGCUCCCACACGGGAGAGAAGCCGUACUUUUGCGGUGACUGCGGCAAGAGCUUCGCUGACCCGUCCGUGUUCCGGAAGCACAGGAGAAACCACCAGGGCCAUCGUCCGUACGCCUGCAAGGAAUGCGGCAAAACCUACACGGAAGUGAAGGACUUGAAGAACCACGAGCGCUCCCACACUGGGGAGAAACCCUUCCUGUGCUCCGAUUGCGGCAAGGCCUUCUCGCGCUCGUCCUCGCUGGUCUGCCACCAGCGCAUCCACUCCCAAAACAAACCGUACCACUGCGAGCAGUGCGGUAAAGGCUUCACUCAGCUAUCUUCCUACCAGUCUCAUCUGCGCACCCACUCCGGAGAGAAGCCUUUCCUGUGUCCGCAAUGCGGCAAGAUGUUCUCCGACCCGUCCAGUUUCCGCCGGCACCAGCGAGCCCACCUGGGAUUCAAACCCUAUCCCUGCGACAAAUGCGCUAAAAGAUUCCGACAACCGGCUGACUUGGCUGUGCACGAGCGCGUCCACUCCGGAGAGCGGCCUUACAAAUGUCAGAGCUGCGACAAGGCCUUCGUGGCGUCUUGGGAUCUGCGGCGUCACAUGCUGGUCCACACGGGACUCCGUCCCUUUUCUUGCACUGAGUGCGACAAGUCUUUCACAGAGCGCUCCAGCCUCAACAAGCACCGCCGUGUGCACUCGGGAGAGCGUCCGUUUAAAUGCGGGGAGUGUUUGAAAUCGUUUGUGGUGUCAUCCAGCCUGCGUAAACAUGAGAGGACUCACGCGGCGGAGCAGCAGAGACAAGAACCAGAGGAGCCAGCAGGCUUCAGCAGCCACACCACCCUGCCUCAGUUCUCCUGCACGCACUGCGACGCCACUUUUGGCACAUGGGAUGAAGUCCAAGAGCACGAGAAUCUCCACGCCAUGGAUGCGGGGAAGACGGCGGGCCUGCAUACAUGUGCGACCUGCCAGGCGGAGUUCACGCAACCGGCGGAGCUGCAGGAGCACGAAAGGCAGCACCCGAAACCGAGGCCUCACGUUUGUCCCAGCUGCGGCAAAGGCUUCCUCAACCGGGCCGGCCUGCGCAAACAUCAGAAGAUUCACUCCAGCAGCAAACCUCACAGCUGCUCCCACUGCGGGAAGGCCUUCCUGUUCCCCGCCUACCUGCGCAAGCACUUACGGACUCACCUGGCCACCUCGCACACUGACUUAAACAUCAUCCAUACUGAGCCGCUGCCUGCACCCGCACCGCCCCCUAGUGAACCUCCCCGUACACAUGUGCCGCCCCCUAGUGAGCCUCCACCUAGUGAGCCACCACCCAGCACUGUGGAGGCCAGCAGCAUCUCCCUGACAGUCCCCGUCCCCGUGUCCACCGCCACUUUUCAGACUCUACCCGAUUACUUAAUAAAAGAAGAAGGACUUUAAA